AAAGUAUUUAAGAGGCAGCAGAGGCGGGAGUCAAGCAGACCGGCGGCGACAGAAGACAAAGAACGUUUUCUGACUCCUUUUCUCCUCUGUUCCAAAAGAAGGCACAGAAGGCUCCUUCGAACUAGCUGACCAUGCGGUGCCUGGCGUGGCUGUCCGUGCUCCUGGCGGUGGUGCUGGUGCUGGUGCUGGGGCCCAGGCACGCCGUGGAGGCAGGCAGGAUGCCCUUCCCUGGACGUGAGCGUCGCGAGGCCUCGCCUCAGGGAACGUGGGGAUGCAGCCCCUCAAGGGCGUGUGGUGACCGCCCUGAUGGGUAGCGUGUAGCUCGCCCUGGGACGCCUGCACAGAUGACCGGACAGAGAGCACGACAGCGAACUUCAGUAUUGUUUCCAUUUGCACGAUUAAAAAGAACAUCUAUUGUUAUUCACUAACUCAAGGCUAGUUUUCUUAUCCAUAAAUCUCCUCGUUUAAUAUUACAUCUCAACUUACCGUCUCUGGGUUUUUUUUUUUCAUUUAACAUGGCAGUGUCCGUCUUUGGUGCUUUGCAAGCGUGUUAUUAUUUCCGUCGAGGAUUGGUGUGUCGUGCUGCGUCGAGGAUGAUCCAAGACUCAGGAGAGAAGACUGACAUUAUCACUCGUGUUGAAUUUUCAUCUUCGAUUUGUCAGUUACACCCCCAUUGUUAAGUUCCAUAAGCUACGUUUACACUUUUUUUUAUUAUUUUUGUAUUCUUCCUUCGCAUCAUUCUUCAAAUCUACACCAUUUCUAAGUUAUACACUUACCCACGGCGACUAUAAUAGGAGUGCUUUCGUAAUAUAUUUCGAUUUCCCACCCAUGUCGGGAAGCAGCAUCUUCAAAUCUCUAAAGCGUAUUGAUGAGAAUAUUUAAUAGGGUGACCAGACGUCCCCGGUUUCCGGGUACAGUCCCCAUUUUCAGUAGCCUGUCCCUGGCUACUGCUGUCCCCGCGGAAAUGUCCCCGGUUUUCACUGUGACUGAAAGAUCCAAAGUUGGAAUUGUGGUGCCCCGCGAGAAGCGACACCACUCACUACACUAGCUGCAGUAUCACCAUCAUCCUUACAAGAACACUGAAGAACACUGUAGAACACUGAACACAGCGAAGAACCCGGAGGAUAUAAAGACGAGGCGCCAGGGUGUCUCCAAACUCAACACCUAUCUACCAGCAGUCAAAACACGAUCAACAAGACAUCCAUCGACGGGUCAAAGGUUAACGUAAACCGAGCAACUAGGGUGGUCACCUCCCGCGUGACAGCCACCCUCCUCAUUAUAAGGAUUAGAAUCCCUUACCCAUAGACUACACCCCAUAAGGUUGUUCCUAUGAUAUUCACCACUACGCUCCUUGUACAUAACAUCUAUCAGUGCUCCCCCUAGCUCGUGAAAUGGAAAAAAUCAGGCGCACGACCCAACCCUAUAGACCAUGCCGGUUAGGAAGAUGGUUAUAUAAGUUUGAUGUAAGACUCACAUGACUCCCAUAUUACCCUCGUGAUGUAUGUAUGUAUGUCAGGCCUAAACCCCCCUAUAUAAGAAGCAAUUCUACAGGAGAGAGCUCAGAUCAGCCAGCACCUGCUAGCUCCCUGUACACUACCACACUCAGUUGUCCACCCUUAGACAACAUGGGCAGAGCAUUCAUCUGUUUUACUGUGAGUAUGGAGUGAAGCGGUACCGUAGAGGAAAGCGUAUCUAUUGUGUUCUAUUGUAUUAGUAGUUUUGUCUAGGAUUAUUAGAAACUAAGUGAUUAUAUUUCUAUGACGAUUUAUUGUGUGAUUUUUGAGAAGAUAUUUCUAUGACGAUUUAUUGUGUGAUUUUUGAGAAGAUAUUUCUAUGACGAUUUAUUGUGUGAUUUUUGAGAAGAUAUUUCUAUGACGAUUUAUUGUGUGAUUUUUGAGAAGAAACUCUCAGUGUUAUACCAGUAUUAACGUCAGUAACCAGCAGCGAGAGAAAACCUGAAGGCACAUUGAGUCUCGUAAACCAGUCGCUGGUUUUAACAAUAUUUUUAUCUUUUAUAACGUUAAAGUAGUAUUAAGGUAGACUAAAAUAAAUAUAAGAAAGACGACACCGUUUCAUCACCCCAACUUACGAACUCCUUUAAAUACUCCUAAAAGUACCAGGAUCUUAAGUCAAUUAUUGCUAGUCCAAGCAGUGUGUCGUUUCCCUUUUGUGCCCACCAGCGGGUUACAACAUUGGUGUCAGGUGUGGGGUGGUGAAACUUGCACUUUAUAUUGGUAUUGUAUUGGUGUAUGUCCACAUCCGAAAGCGAGGGAGAAGACAAUCUUGGGAUUACGGAAACAAGACUUUAGAGUUAAACAUGCCGGACGAAGUCACUCCCACAUCCACCAAAGGUGACAAAGCGGUCACCCUUGCCCAUGAUGAUCUUGUCGCGCUACUUAGCCGUCAUACCUUGAAUGAUUUUAGCAGAGUACAGGGACUCUUACAUUUUUGUGGAGGAGCAGAAAAAAGUAGCCAAGCACCAAACCUCCCAUGUCAUAAACUAGCAAAGAAAUGGAUAGAGGACAUUGAAAGCCGGACACAGGCAAAUUGGGACACUACCGGAAAGAUUGAGUUAGCCAAACAAUAUGCCCUUGGAGCAGCGCGCGAUCAUCUCCUCGGUUGUAUCACCAGGUGUGGACAGGAUUGGGAAAAAGUAAAGGAAGACUUCCUACGUGUGUUUCCCGCAGUAAGGACCUUUGCAGUCCUUCAAAAAGAAUUGGGAGAGGCAAAACGGCGGACAGGAGAAAACAUCCGCACCUUCCUCAUUCGGCUAGAGACAUUGAGAGACGAGUUGAUCGCUCUCAAACCUGCCCAUGCCAGUUUGCUAAAUGAGAUGGCGGCUUUACGGCUUAUAGAUGCUCUCCCUCCGGCCUUCUUACUCAUCAUAACGGAGGAAGAAAAGGAGGACCCACAGAAGAUAUUAAAGAAAGGGUAUGAGUAUAUCAAAGCUCAUCCAGAGUCGAAGUUAUCCGAUGCCGAUAUCGCUAAAGAAACGAAAGUGCUGAACGUCUGUUCCACCCAGGCAUCCGGAUCCAAACAUUCCUCACAAGGCCGUCCCCAACGUCCUUCAGGCCAGCCGCGUAACCUGAUAUCCCAGAGGGGAGGACGGUACGCCGCACCUUCCACACGCUCACGUGGACGCGCGUCUGCCCCUCCCACAUGUUAUGCUUGUGGGUAUUUAGGACACAUGGCCCGCGAUUGUACAUAUGGCCGACAGUAUAGAGGCGCCUAUCACCCACCAACGGGCCCCCGGUACUCUCAGUACCAACCAUCUGCACCGCCACAACCCUCUCGGAACAGGCGCCAACCUGUCUCGCCUUGCGCCGCAUGGCGCCCGGAGUACCCGGCCAGCCCCUCACCCCGUGACUCAUGAAACAACCCUGACCAAGAGAGGAACAAAAAAAAAAAACGCCGACCCCAGAAUAACUGCGGCAGUCCACGGACCAACUAAUGCCCUCACACUAAAACUGUGUGUAGGCACUGAUGCGAGAAAGGAGAUGAUUUACGCGAUGCUAGACACAGGAGCAGGAGUGUCCCUAAUAGAGGAAGACUUAUUCAAUAAGGUGGGCGGGAAGAUAAUAGAUGCAGAACCUCUCUCCAUACAAGGGGUAGAUCGGACUAAAAUCCCUAAUAAAGGAAUAGCCGAAGUAGUUGUGAACUUUGGGCACGGAGAAAUUACAGAAAAAUUUGUAGUAAUAUCACAAGGUGUAGUGUUACCAACAGCAGUUUUGUUGGGUCUACAAUUUAUGUGGAGGCAAAAGGUGGUUGCUGCACCGCUAGCCACACCUGGGCAGUUUAGUGUGAUGGUGGGCGCCUACCCGGUGGAAGUUCAUUCCCUGGCUGCGGACGAUAUGAGCCCGUAUCCAGAAGAUUGACUAACCGACCGUAAACCUACCUUAGACGAGAUGAAGGAAGUACCAGUGAAAGCAUACGCUAUUAAUGUGGCGUCCUUGCUACCAGGCACGGCAGGGUAUGUCGCUCUGGAGGCAGAGAUUGGCAGAGCCCAGCAAGCCUUCUUCCUACCCAGGUCCAAUGAUACCCCUUCUUCAUUUUUGUUUCCUGGAUUAGUAACUUUAACCCCUAACGUUAAUCAAACCAAAGGUAAAUUCAUCAUCCCCUAUGCUAACCCAACUGAAGAAACAAUAGAGAUGCCAACAGGUGAAGUGAUGGGACACAUUUAUUCAUGUCACUCAGAACAGUAUCAGUCAUCAGCUAGUGAAUGUGUUGCGGCCGUCACCAAGUCAACGGGUAAAAAACCGCCUGUCACCCAGCCUAAUAAACAAAAGGAGCUAGAUAAGAUGAUAGACGAUCUGUUUUCCCCUUCACUACGGGAAAACAGCUGUCUGAAGGGCCUAACCCGCAAGAACCCUGAUGUGUUUGCUCUGAAACAUGAGCCCCUCACUAUUACUCCCUAUUAUGUUCACACUUUAAGGCUUAAGGAUGACAAGCCUAUAUAUAAAAAGCCAUACCCAAUUCCAGUAAAAUAUCAUAAAGAGAUAG